AUGGCCCGCACGCUGGAAUUCUACUUCGACUACGGCAGCCCCUACAGCUACCUGGCCGACACGCAGGUCGAGGGGAUCGCGCAGCGCGCGGGCGCGACGCUGGUGCGCAAGCCGAUGCUGCUGGGCGGCGUGUUCAAGGCGACGGGCAAUCAUUCGCCGGCCGAGCUGCCGCAGAAAUCCAGAUGGAGCGGCUUCGACAUGCCGCUAUGGGCGCGCCACUACGGCGUGCCGUUCCAGCGCAAUCCCUUCUUUCCGGUCAACACGCUGGCGCUGAUGCGCGGCGCCGCGGCGGCGCAGAUCGACGGCACCUUCGAGCGCUAUCAUCCCGCGGUCUACAAGGCGAUGUGGGUCGACGGCACGAAACCUGAACGACAUGAAGGAGAUCGCCGCCGUGCUGUCGUCCGCCGGCCUCGAUCCGGCGAAGGUCGGCGCGCGCAUCCAGGAUCAGGACGUGAAAGACCGGCUCAAGGCCACGACCGACGAGGCCGUCGCACGCGGCGUGUUCGGCGCGCCGACCUGCUUCGUGGACAACAUGAUCAGCCAGAACUUCUUGCGCUCGCGCAUGAAAGCCCAGAGUUCGACAAUAAUGGAGCCCAUGGAUCGGUCCUUUCGGAAUCAGAACUGGUUGCGCAUGGAUUGCGGCGACGGCCCCGGCGGGCUGCGCUCGAUCCAGUAGGUCUUGGCGCUGGGAUCGAGCUUCUGCCGCAGGAAGUCCUUGCCGAACGCGCGCAUGAUCAGGCCGAUCGGCAUGAUGGUGACGAAGAACAGCAGGCCGAGGACCAGCGGGUUCAUCACCUUGUAGAGAAGAAGGCCGAACUUCAGCCAGAGCCGGUUCAGCGGGCCGAGCGCUUUCGGAUAGACGAGCGCCACGACCAGAAAGGCCGCCGCAACCGGCAGCAUCCACUUCCAGGCCGCGCCCUGCUCAGUUCCGUGGCGCCACAGGUUGAUCGCGCUCAGGAUUCCGAAGAAACCCGCGAAAACGAACCCGAAGCUGCGAUCGGAGCCCGCCUUGACGUGCUCCUCACGCGAAUAAUCCUCAUGAAGCUGGCUGGUCGCCAUUGUCCCAAGCGUUCGUUAGUUGAUUUGGGGCCCUUAACUCUCUGA